AAGCAAGUUUACACCUACAUGCUUUUCCUACAUGUUUGUAUGUAACAAUACCAUUUUCUUAGCAAUCAUUAAAUACAUGAUUAUGCUUGUACCUAAUUAAUCAGCAAGUUACUUACACACUGGGAUCUUUAGCAAGAUAAAAUAUAAAUGAUACCCGAUGUCAAAAUUAUGUAACCUUAUGUAACGAAAUAAAAUACGAUCACUCAUUUAUUUUCCCAUAUAAGUCUGACCCACACUUGGACUUCGACCAUUCGCUCAAAAUUACCAGUAGAUGUAACAUUUCAAGAAACAUAAUUCCUUAAAAAAUACCAAAUAUCUACAAAAAAUACAAAAAUAAUACACAUAAUAAUACAAAAAUACCAAAAACAUGGAAGAUUACUCGUUAUCCUUGUUGGAAAUUUUGGCAACGGCUGUGGCAAGAAUGGGCCUAAUUCCGGAACACAUUGCCGUCAUCAUGGACGGCAAUCGUCGCUACGCAAGGAGCAAAGGAUUGAAAACUAUUCAAGGACAUCAAGCGGGAGCCGCAGUGUCCAGCCGUGUGGACAAGUGGGGCAGGGCGGUAGGAUGUAAAGAGGUCACCGUUUAUGCCUUUUCAUCCGAAAACUUUAAGCGUACCAAGGAAGAAGUCGACGAUUUGAUGGAGCUCAUGUGCUGGAAGACCGAUACCAUGUUGCAAGAUGUUGAGACCGGAAAAAUUACAGACGUGAGUUUCAAUGUGAUCGGAGAUUGGGACAAGGUUCCGCAUAAAUUGAAAUGUCGCAUGGCCAAUUUGGUGGAGAAGACGAAAAACUUUAAACCCUACAAGCUCAAUGUCGCUGUGGCGUACACAGGUCGGGAAGGCAUGCUGCGUAGUUUGAAAGCAUUUGAAGGUCUCAAAUGCGACGAAACAGCGACAGAGGUCAAUCAUAAUUCGGACAAGGGACAAACCCAGCAGCCAAAAUGGAACGAGUAUUUGGUCGAACAGGCCCAAAACAUGGCCAACAUGAGACCCGUCGAUAUGUUAAUUCGGACCGGGGGAGAUCUGCGACUCUCCGACUUCAUGUUGUGGGAGGCGAGCCAUGCUUAUGUCCACUUCACUCCGAAAACUUGGCCAGAACUUAGUUUCUCUGCUUUUAUGCACGCCAUUUUCAUGUAUCAAGUGCAUCGAAGACAGAUACCAAAACCGAUUUCCGCGAAGGAUUCUCUUUCCCUGGAAGAAUUGAGAUACACUGAAAAAACUUUACAAGGACCCCGUGCUGUGAUGUGGGCAAAGAAUGCACGUUUUGCAAAGAAAGACGCCCAGGUUGAGAAAAAUAGGAAGCCUUUCUAUCCCUCGAAAACAUAUCUGGACUCUCUGCAAGAUCUGCUUAGUUUUUAGGCGAUGCGUACAUAGUAACCAUAUCAUUGUGGAAAAACUGCAAAAGUAUUACUUUUGAAUCAAGGUUUGAUUAUUAAACUUUGUCGUGUAUAAAAUGGUCAUGCACGACCUUACUUUUCAUAUACAGAAAUACAUUACAUUUAAAAGGUUGAGCUUUCUGGUGGCAUCUGUACCAUUCUGGUUAAAUAAUAUAGUGGAAUUUUAUGUAAACGAAAAAAUAAAUAUAUAAAAAUAUA